AUGAAUGUGUGGUUUCCAUUCAGUCAUGGUAAUGGUAAUGGAACAGACGAAUCCAUAAUACAACGUAUUACGGAAGAGCCAUCCGCCAACUGUGCCUGCAAUGCGGUCCCGAGAACUUCACAGUUUUGGGAAUUGGGUGGGAAAGAGACUCAUAGUGAACAGUUCACUCCAACUGUCGCAACAACUACUACGACUCCUCUGAUGUCAGCUGCUGCCGCAGCGAUGGCUCAGAGCUUCUUUACAGGGGAGCCUAUUGGCGCCACAAACUCCCCGUUGGAUUCCCUACUAACGACGGCAGCUGCUUCGAACCGACACCAGGGGACCUGCAUGAAGGCGGAGGGUUUCGCUUCCUCUAGGCGCUCCCCAGCAAAUUCUGUGGUAUCAGAGCAAAGUGCUCCUUCCCCUCACCGGAACUUUUUUUCACCUUCUGCGGAAGGUUAUCCACAAGGCUACACGCACCUAACUAUUUCCAGAAUUGAAAAUCCAAAUCUGCCUCCUCGUACUCUUCCCCAACCUCCACCCCCUCAGCCACCCCAUCCGCCACCGAAAUACACCUCUGGGAGUGGGAUUCCCUCCAACGCAGACUCAAACCCUGGAGCCAGCACACCUGGAAACAUUGGUGGAAGUAUGGAACAAAUCUGGCCAUGGAUGACUGUAGUCGAACCACUUAAACAAUUUUACAAAAUUUUGCCGUAUACUUGCAAUGCAUCACCUCCGAAUAGUGUUACAGGAGUUGUUGCUGCUCGGCGCGAGUUGCAAAACUAUAAGAUUAAUAUUACUUGA